CUCGCCCUUGGGCCGUGAAGGGUCCUUCCAGAAAUGGGCCAAUGGGGAUCGGCCUGGUCUCUCCGCGUCACCAGUCUCCGGGCAGCCUCGCCCUGGCCUUCCCGCCCGCGGGUCAUGUGACGGGCUGAGUGACCGUUGGGAAGGCCGAGGCCUGAGCCGGGAGCGAGGGGGGAGGGGCGGGGAGGGGCGGGGCCUGCCUUCUUCCUUCCUUCCUUCCUUCCUUCCUUCCUUCCUUCCUUCCUUCCUUCCUUCCUUCUCUCCGAGCCCGAGCCUGCGGCCUCGUCCUCCGCCUCGUCAGUCCUGGUGAGUCUCGUGGCCAGGCCUCCUCCCGAGGGCCCAAGAGGAGCCAAGGCCCAAGGGAGGGAGGGAGGGAGGGAGGGAGGGAGGGAGGGGAGGCCGAGGAGGGCCCGGGCCUGGCCCACUCCCAGGCGGGCCUUCCUCUCUCGUUCUCUCCCUGGGAACACAGGCCACCACCGCUCUCUCUCUCUCUCUCUCUCUCUCUCUCAGCCAGGCCUGGGCAAGCUCCGGGCCUCCCUCCGGGGCGGGGUUUUGGACUCCAACUCCCAGAAGGCCUCCCCUCAGGCCCCGCAGGCCUCACCUUCACCUCCACCUCAAGACUGCGGAGAGAGAGAGAGAGAGAGAGAGAGAGAGAGAGAGAGAGAGAGAGAGAGAGAGAGAGAGAGAGAGAGAGAGAGAGAGAGAGAGAGAGAGCAAGGGACUGGGGAAGGGAGGUCAACAGACCAAGAGAAGGAAGGAAGGAAGGAAGGAAGGGCGCUCGGAAAGGGAGGGGCCCCCAGGGAUCAGCUGGCAUGGACAUUCACAACAGAGGGACAUGCAGACAAAGGGAGAACAACAACAACAACAACAACAACAACAAGAUUUGUAUCCUGCCACCAUCUCCCCCAGAGGGGACUCGGCGUGGCUCACAGAAAGAUCCCAUACAAAACAGGAACAAUAUACAAGACAGCAAUCAACAAGAAGCCCUGCUUGACUCUCAAGCCAAAAGUGGGUGGUAGAAAUCACAUGGUACAAAAGCUGACUGGCACAACCUGGGGAUCCCAACCAGGCCCUGGAAAGACAGGCGCUUGGCUCCUCUGCUGCUGAAUUCACAGGCCCAGUGGGGAAGACAUCUCACCACGUUCAAACAGUGGACGUGGCUCUUCAUGAGACAUGCCGCACCCUCACAGGAUGUCUGCGCCCCACACCACUGGAGAAAUGAUACUGUUGAGUCCCUCUGGGGAGAGAGGGCAGUCUAGAAAUGAAAUGAGGAAAUGUGAUUUUUGGCUGAGAAUUUCGGAGUAGAGCCUGUGGAGGGAUUUCCUUCCCUUGAAAGAAAGAAGAGGAAGGAAAAGCAUCUUGGAUACUGUUGGGUUCUUCACCAGAGUGGUUCCAACAUGGAGAGACCCAACUCACGUGGACCUGAAGCAGGACCUGGGGGCAGUGGGGAAUCCUGGGAAAGAACCAGACAUGAGUCCCUGAGUGUGGACCUUGACAGCUCGGACACACAGCGCCAGCGCUUCAGGCAGUCCUCCUACCAAGAGGGUGAAGGACCCAGAGGGGUUUGCAGUCGUCUCCACGAUCUGUGCCGCCAGUGGCUGAAGCCAGAGCAGCACACCAAGGCCGAGGUGCUGGACCUGGUGACCCUGGAGCAGUUUCUGAGCAUCCUGCCCCCAGAGAUGGGGAGCUGGGUCCGAGAGUGUGGGGCAGAGACCUGUUCCCAGGCGGUGGCCCUGGCGGAAGGCUUCCUCCUGAGUCGGGCCGAGGACAAGGAGCAGGAAGGACAGGCCCAUAACAAUAACUCCAUGGAAGUCCCUGCACCAGAGGAAUCUCCACCAGACACCACCCAGAGUCUCAGGCAGAAGGAGCUGAAGCGGGAAGGAGACGGGGCUGCCGCCUUGCAGGGUGAGAAGGAACUCUUCUGGGAGUUUUGGGGUUUUGUGCCAGUGGAAAUCCCGCUUUGGGGGGAUGAUUGUACACCCACAGUUUGAGCUUCAGAAGGUGAACAUGCCGGAUCAUUUGGCCUUGAGAUGGGUAUAUAUCUUAAACUCAUGUCCUUUGUGUGAUGUUUUAUGGACUUAAUAUGUAUUUUAUAGAAAGGCAGUUUUAAUGUAGAUCUUUUAUAGUUAUAUAUAUAUCUUUGUUGAAUUUUGACAAUGUUUGUGUUUUUAAAAUUAUGUUGUAACCUCCCUCGAACUGCAAGGAGAGGCGAGUAAGAAAUAAAAUUAUUAUUAUUAUUAUCA